AUGAACAUCUUGUUUUGGUCAUCAAUCACAACACAAAUCAUAUUACUGGAAUUAUGUUUAAAAAUUGACAUUGUACACAGUUUAACUGUAAUGAGUGUAGACCUUGGUUCGGAAUGGAUGAAAGUAGCAAUAGUUUCAGCUGACUUUUCAGAAGAAAUAGCUCUUAACAAAGAAUCUAAAAGGAAAACUCCUAGUGCUAUAGCUUUUCUCAAUGGUGAACGUACGUUUGGGAAAGAUGCACUUACUGUGGGAGUUCGAUUCCCAUCCAACUGUUACGUUUAUUUUCUAGACUUACUAGGAAAGAAAAUAGAUAAUCCGAUUGUUGAUCUCUAUAAAACACGUUUUCCUUAUUAUAACAUUAUUCCUGAUCCAAAAAGAAAUACAGUGCUUUUCAAGCAUAACGAAUCUGGUGAACAAUUUUCACCUGAAGAAUUAGUGGCAAUGAUGUUGGAAAAAGCAAGAGAAUUUGCACAAGAUAAUUCUGGGCAAGUUAUAAAUGAAGCAGUAAUUUCUGUCCCUGGUUAUUUUGGUCAAGCUGAACGAUCAGCAAUGUUUAAAGCAGCAGAAAUUGUUGGAAUUAAAGUACUACAGCUUAUUAACAGUUAUACUGCAGCUGCUUUGAAUUAUGGUAUAUUUCAUAUAAAACGUUUUAAUGAAAUAUCUCCAAUGUUUAUGAUGUUUUACGAUAUGGGUGCAUGUGGUACUCAAGUAUCGGUUGUAUCCUAUCAGUUAGUAAAAUCUAAGGAUGGAAGAGCUCAUGAACUUCAGCCACAACUUACUGUACUGGGAGUAGGAUAUGAACGAAAUUUGGGUGGCUUAGAGAUACAACUACGGCUAAGAGAUUACUUAGCAACUAAAUUUAAUGAUUUAAAAUUUACGCCCAAUGAUGUAACUAAAAAUCCUCAAUCCAUGGCAAAAUUAUUCAAAGAAGCUGGACGAUUAAAGAUUAUAUUAAGUGCAAAUACUGAACAUUUUGCCCAAAUAGAAGGUUUAAUUGACCAAAAAGAUUUGUACAUUAAAGUUACUCGAGAAGAACUAGAACAGUUGUGCAAAGAUUUAUUCGAUAAAGUUACACUUCCAGCUCUAAAAGCCUUAGAAGCUUCAGGACUAACUAUUGAACAUAUUGAACAGGUAAUGUUAGUUGGUGCUGGUACUAGAGUUCCUCGAAUUCAAGAUGUUUUAGUUAAAGAUUUAAAAAGUGGUCAUUUGCUUGGUCGGUCUUUGAAUACUGAUGAUGCUGCUGCUUUAGGAGCUGCAUAUAAAGCAGCAGAACUGAGAAAUGGAUUUGAAGUUAAUACAUUUAUUACUAAAGACGCCACAAUGUUCCCUAUUGAGUUGAAAUUUUAUAGAGAAAAAAAAUAUGAGAGUGAACCCAUAAAACAAGUAAGGCGUAUUUUAUUUAGUUACAUGAAGCCUUACCCACAAAGGAUAAUAGUAACAUUUAUUAAUCAUAAAUUAGAUUUUGAUUUGACUGUGGGUUAUGCAGAACUUAAUCAUUUAGAUGAAAAUGAAAUAAGAUGUUUAGGUUCUUUGUCACUUGAACAUAUAAAAUUAAAAGGAGUACAAAAUGCAUAUUCUAAGUAUAAAGAUGAAGAAAGUUCAGAUCCCAAUAAAAUAAACUUACAUUUUAUUAUGGAUGCUAGUGGUAUAUUAGUUUUGGAAAAUGUUGAGUUUUCAAUUGGAAAGUCUGUUACUAAUGAUCAAGUAGAGGAAUCAACUUUAUUGAACAUUUUAAAUUACAUACCAAAUUUAUUUAAAGUUCAUGACAAAUUCAAUGAAAAUAAAUUAUCUGUCAAAAAUACCCUAGAAAAUUCUAGUGGUUCUAAACUUCCUGCUGUUAGACAAACUAUUGAAGUUGAUCAUGAAUAUUUAUUCGUGCUUCCUACAGAUGAUGAUGAUUUGCAACAUUUAAUUAUAAAGUUAAAGAAACUUAGAUUUAAAGAUUUGUCUCAAUUACAUAAAGAAAAGGCGUUACAUAGUUUACUUACUCUUAUUGUCGAAGUGCGUGAAAAAUUAAGCCAACCAGAGUAUAGUCAUUCUGCUACUGAUGCAGAAACAAGAUCUAUUUUGGAAAAAUUGACUGAGAUUUCAAACUGGUUGGGAUAUGAUGGCCUCGACGCUGAAGCAGAAGAAUUAGAGUAUAAAUAUAAUAGUUUAAGAAAAAUAAUACAGCCUGUUUGGGAUAGAGCUUUUGAGCACAUAGAAAGAUCACAAAGAUUAGAAGCCCUAAGUAACACAUUAAAAAAGAGCAAUACAUUUUUGAAAAAAUUAAAAAACAAUACUUUAGAGGAUAGUCCAAUCACCCAAACAGAAAUGGAUAAACUGGAAAAAUUGAUUUUAGAAACAACGAUUUGGAGAGAUAAGCAAGUAGAAGAACAAGAAAGACUUCCAAAAUAUGUUCAACCUGUGUUGUCAAUAUCAACAAUUGAAACAAAACAUUCAAAUAUUAGGCAGAAGAUGAAAUAUUUAAUGACUAAAUUUAUAAACGGGAAACUAAAAAAUCAAAAAAAACACUUUAAUGUUAAAGACGACCUCCAAUAUUAUGUUGACACACACAAAGAAUUAUAG